GGUGCUCCCGGGGGCGGCGGUUGCCCGGAUGGGCCGUUAGUCGGAGCCCAGCGCGGAGUGAGCGAGGGAGACGGGAGGAGCCGAACCCGGCGCCAUCCGCCGCCAUCCGUCCCCGCCCCACCGCCAUCCGCCCCGGGGAACCACUAAGCCCCGGUCCCGGACCCCCGCGCACCCGGCCAGGCUCCGGCACGUUUUGGGGGAGGUGCCUGCAGGACCCAACUUACUCAAUGAGCUUCCAGCGCAAUGUCCGAUCGCUCGGGGCCGACUGCCAAGGGGAAGGAUGGAAAGAAGUAUUCCUCGCUCAACCUGUUUGAUACGUAUAAGGGCAAGUCCUUAGAGAUCCAGAAACCCGCUGUUGCCCCUCGCCAUGGCCUGCAGAGUCUUGGAAAAGUUGCCAUUGCUCGGCGUAUGCCACCCCCAGCCAACCUUCCAAGCCUGAAAGCCGAGAACAAAGGCAAUGACCCCAAUGUCUCACUAGUGCCGAAAGACGGAACAGGAUGGGCAAGCAAACAGGAGCAGUCCGACCCCAAGAGUUCCGAUGCCUCAACCGCUCAGCCGCCGGAAUCGCAGCCACAGCCGGCUUCACAGACGCCUGCCUCCAACCAACCGAAACGACCCCCAACAGCCCCCGAGAACACUCCUUCCGUUCCAAGCGGAGUAAAGUCCUGGGCACAAGCCAGCGUCACCCAUGGAGCCCAUGGAGAUGGUGGAAGGGCAUCAAGCCUACUGUCGCGAUUCUCUCGAGAGGAAUUUCCGACCCUGCAGGCGGCUGGCGACCAGGACAAGGCUGCCAAGGAAAGGGAGUCUGCCGAACAGUCGUCUGGGCCAGGACCAAGCCUCCGCCCCCAAAAUCCUACAACUUGGAGGGACGGAGGUGGACGUGGCCCUGAUGAGCUGGAGGGCCCGGACUCCAAACUUCAUCAUGGUCAUGAUCCCCGGGGGGGACUGCAGCCUUCAGGCCCACCCCAGUUCCCUCCCUAUCGCGGAAUGAUGCCGCCCUUCAUGUAUCCCCCAUAUCUCCCGUUCCCUCCGCCCUAUGGACCCCAGGGGCCUUACCGAUACCCCACUCCUGAUGGGCCCAGCCGUUUUCCCCGUGUGGCGGGCCCCCGGGGCUCAGGGCCACCAAUGCGCCUUGUAGAGCCUGUGGGUCGGCCUUCUAUUCUCAAAGAGGAUAAUCUCAAAGAAUUUGACCAGUUGGACCAGGAGAAUGAUGAUGGUUGGGCAGGAGCCCAUGAAGAGGUUGACUACACUGAAAAGCUGAAGUUCAGUGAUGAGGAAGAUGGGCGAGACUCCGAUGAAGAGGGAGCUGAGGGCCACAAGGAUUCCCAGUCAGCUGCUGGUGAGGAGCGGCCCCCUGAAGCAGAUGGCAAAAAGGGCAUUUCCCCUGGCAGCGAACCGCCCCCUCCCAAGACGGCCUGGGCAGAGACCUCUCGGCCUUCAGAGACAGAGUUGGGGCCUCCUGCCCCAAAGCCUCCCCCACCCCCGCCUCACCGGGGCCCCACCGGGAACUGGGGCCCCCCUGGGGACUACCCAGAUCGUGGGGGUCCUCCCUGCAAGCCACCAGCACCUGAAGAUGAGGAUGAGGCAUGGCGGCAGCGGCGAAAACAGUCUUCAUCUGAAAUUUCCCUAGCAGUGGAACGGGCUCGGCGUCGCCGAGAAGAGGAAGAGCGGCGUAUGCAGGAGGAGCGCCGGGCAGCCUGUGCUGAGAAGCUCAAGCGGCUUGAUGAAAAGUUUGGGGCACCCGACAAACGGCUCAAAGCAGAGCCUGCAGCUCCACCUGCCCCUCCUGCCCCAGCUCCACCACCUGUAGUCCCCAAAGAACUCCCUGCACCUCCAGCUCUGCCGCCAGCUCCAGCCCCAGCACCAGAGAAAGAUGCUGAAGAGCCAGCCCAGCCUCCUCCUGCCCAGUCCACCCCCAAUUCAGGUGUGGCUCCAGCUCCCACUCUGGUGAGUGGUGGUGGCACAACCAGUAGCACCAGCAGUGCCAGCUUCGAAUCCAGUCCAGUGGAACCCCAGCUGCCUUCCAAAGAGGGUCCUGAACCACCAGAAGAGGUUCCUCCACCUUCCACACCCCCAGCCCCAAAGGUGGAAUCUAAGGGUGAUGGGGUUGGGCCUACACGACAGCCCCCCAGUCAAAGCUUGGGUUACCCCAAAUAUCAGAAGUCGUUGCCUCCUCGUUUCCAGAGGCAGCAACAGGAGCAGCUCCUGAAGCAGCAGCAGCAGCAGCAGUGGCAGCAGCAGCAGCAAGGCUCUGCUCCUCCUGCCCCAGUGCCCCCGUCACCACCACAACCUGUGACCCUGGGAGCUGUUCCAGCUCCACAGGCUCCACCCCCACCCCCAAAAGCCCUGUACCCAGGUGCUCUGGGCCGGCCCCCACCCAUGCCCCCAAUGAACUUUGAUCCCCGCUGGAUGAUGAUUCCUCCUUACGUGGACCCUCGGCUCCUCCAGGGUCGACCCCCUUUGGACUUCUACCCUCCUGGUGUGCAUCCUUCUGGCCUAGUUCCCCGGGAGCGCUCAGACAGUGGGGGCUCGAGCUCAGAGCCAUUUGAGCGCCAUGUACCCCCCCUGCUACGGGAUCGAGGCACCCCACCAGUGGAUCCAAAGUUGGCCUGGGUAGGAGAUGUCUUCACCACCACACCCACUGACCCUCGCCCACUCACCUCACCACUGCGCCAGGUUGCAGAUGAAGAGGAAAAAGGGAUGAGGAGCGAGACUCCUCCAGUACCCGCCCCACCACCUUAUCUGGCCAGUUAUCCAGGAUUUCCAGAGAAUGGAGCUCCUGGGCCCCCAAUUUCUCGCUUCCCUCUGGAGGAACCAGCUCCCUCAGGGUCCCGUCCGGUCCCCUGGCCUCCAGGCAGUGAUGAAGCUGCCAAGAUACAGGCUCCACAGUCCAAGAAGGAAUCCCCCAAGGAGGAAACUUCACAGCUGACAGGGCCAGAAACAGGCCGAAAGCCUGCCCGUGGAAGUGGCCAAGGGCCUCCACCACCACGCAGAGAGAGCCGCACUGAGACCCGCUGGGGCCCCCGUCCAGGUAGCAGUCGUCGUGGAAUCCCUCCAGAGGAGCCAGGGGCCCCUCCUCGCCGGGCAGGGCCUAUAAAGAAACCACCUCCACCUGUCAAAGUUGAAGAACUGCCUCCUAAGCCCUCGGAGCAGGGUGAUGAAACCCCCAAGGUCCCAAAGCCAGAUCCACUCAAGACAGCCAAGAGCAAGAUGGGGCCUAAGGAGACCCCACCAAGUGGAAAUCUUUCUCCUGCACCAAGGCUUCGGAGGGACUAUUCGUAUGAAAGAGUGGGUCCUACCUCGUGUAGGGGCCGGGGCCGAGGAGAGUAUUUUGCCAGAGGGAGGGGUUUUCGGGGUACCUAUGGAGGUAGGGGACGGGGAGCCCGAAGUCGGGAAUUCCGAAGUUACCGGGAAUUCCGUGGAGAUGAUGGGCGUGGAGGUGGGACAGGAGGACCAAAUCACCCCCCUGCUUCCCGAGGCCGCACUGCCAGUGAGACACGAAGUGAGGGUUCAGAGUAUGAAGAAAUCCCUAAGCGUCGCCGGCAGCGUGGAUCAGAAACAGGCAGUGAGACCCAUGAGAGUGAUCUGGCCCCCUCAGACAAAGAGGCCCCACCGCCUAAGGAAGGAGGGCUCACCCAGGCCCCUCUUGCUCCCCCACCACCUGGAGCUCCUCCUUCACCCGCCCCUGCCCGCUUUUCCACAGCCCGGGGAGGGCGUGUGUUCACUCCCAGAGGGGUGCCAUCUCGGAGGGGCAGGGGAGGAGGGCGGCCUCCCCCUCCUGUGUGCCCAGGCUGGAGCCCUCCAACCAAGUCCCUGGUUCCAAAGAAACCUCCAGCAGGUCCUUUGCCCCCAAGUAAGGAGCCUUUGAAAGAAAAGCUGAUAGCAGGGCCGAUGUCUCCCAUGGCCCGGGGAGGCAGCAACGGAAGCAACAUGGGUAUUGGUGUGGAAGAUGGGGAGCGACCACGAAGACGACGACAUGGGAGAGCUCAGCAGCAGGACAAGCCACCUCGUUUCCGGAGGCUGAAACAGGAACGGGAGAACGCUGCCAGAGGGGUCGAGAGCAAACCCUCCUUAACCCUGCCAGCCUCCACCCCUGGGCCCGAGGAAGCCCUGGCAACAGCCACAGUGCCCCCACCACCUCGAAGGGCGGCUGCCAAGUCUCCUGAUCUGUCAAACCAGAACUCUGACCAAGCCAAUGAGGAGUGGGAGACUGCAUCAGAGAGCAGCGACUUUGCCAGUGAACGCCGGGGAGACAAAGAAGCUCCCCCGCCAGCAUUAAUGGCCCCCAAAGCUGUGGGAACUGGGGGCAGCACAGGUGGGGCUGGACCAGGCAUUUCAGCUAUGUCUCGUGGAGAUCUGAGCCAGAGAGCCAAGGAUUUGAGCAAGCGGAGCUUCUCUAGUCAGCGGCCAGGCAUGGAUCGGCAGAACCGCCGCCCAGGCCCUGGGAGCAAGGCUGGAGGUGGUGGCAGUGGAGGUGGUGGCGGGGGGCCUGGAGGAAGAACUGGCCCAGGACGAGGGGACAAGAGGAGCUGGCCCUCACCAAAGAACCGGAGCCGUCCUCCAGAGGAACGUCCCCCGGGGCUUCCCCUGCCUCCCCCGCCCCCCAGCAGUUCUGCUGUCUUCCGCCUGGACCAAGUUAUCCACAGCAACCCUGCUGGCAUCCAACAGGCUUUGGCCCAGCUUAGCAGUCGCCAAGGAAGUGUAACUGCACCAGGGGGCCACCCAAGGCCCAAGCCUGGGCCUCCCCAAGCCCCCCAGGGCUCGUCCCCUCGGCCCCCAACCCGAUACGACUCCCCGAGGGCCAACAAUGGCACCAGCUCUGACUCUCACUUCGAGGAGUCAGGGCCCAUGGUGAGGGGGAUGAGCGGAACUCCCCGGGACUCUGCUGGGGUUAAUCCCUUUCCCCCAAAACGGCGGGAGCGGCCUCCCCGAAAGCCAGAGUUGCUGCAGGAGGAGUCUUUGCAAUCUUCACAUAGCUCUGGAUUCUUGGGCUCUAAGCCAGAGGUCCCAGGCACUCAGGGAGAAUCCAGAGAUGCAGGCCCAGAGGCCCUGACCCCCCACAUCUGGAAUCAUUUACAUAAUGCCACUAGCCGAAAGAGUUACCAGCCUGGCUCCAUGGAGCCCUGGAUGGAGCCUCUGAGUCCAUUUGAGGAUGUGGCUGGCACAGAGAUGAGUCAGUCUGACAGUGGGGUGGACCUGAGUGGGGAUUCUCAGGUGUCAUCAGGUCCCUGCAGCCAGCGAAGUUCCCCUGAUGGAGGACUCAAGGGGGCAGCAGAGGGACCCCCCAAGCGGCCUGGAGGCCCCUCACCCCUGAAUGCAGUUCCUGGUGAGGGUCCACCUGGCUCUGAACCCUCUGAACCUCCUAGGAGACGGCCACCUGCGUCCAGUGAAGGGGAUAGAAAGGAGCUGCCCCGGGAGCAGCCUUUGCCCCCUGGUCCCAUAGGCACAGAACGAUCACAGCGUGCAGACCGAGGCCCAGAGCCAGGCCCCCUCCGGCCAUCCCAUCGACCUGCCCCCCCAGUCCAGUUUGGCACUAGUGACAAGGACUCAGACUUGCGCCUAGUGGUAGGAGACAGUUUAAAAGCAGAGAAGGAGCUCACAGCAUCAGUCACUGAGGCCAUUCCCAUAUCCCGAGACUGGGAGCUGCUCCCCAGUGCUUCUGCCUCAGCUGAGCCGCAACCCAAGAGUGUAGUUUCUGGGCAUUGUGGCCCAGAGGCCAACUCGUCAGGCCAACGCCUGUACCCAGAAGUCUUCUAUGGCAGCCCAGGGCCUCCCAAUUCCCAGGUCUCUGGGGGAGCCAUGGACUCUCAGUUACAUCCAAACAAUGGAGGCUACCGCCCUGGGACACCCUCACUACACCCUUACAGGUCACAACCCCUAUAUCUACCCCCUGGCCCAGCCCCUCCUUCAGCACUGCUCUCUGGGGUAGCUCUCAAGGGCCAGUUUUUGGAUUUCUCAGCACUGCAAGCCACAGAGCUGGGGAAGUUGCCAGCUGGAGGAGUUCUCUACCCUCCGCCUUCCUUCCUCUAUUCUCCUGCUUUCUGCCCCAGCCCUUUGCCUGAGCCACCUUUGCUUCAGGUACGCCAAGAUCUGCCAUCCCCUUCUGAUUUUUACUCUACUCCUCUGCAGCCUGGUGGACAAAGUGGCUUCCUUCCUUCAGGGGCCCCUGCCCAGCAGAUGCUUCUACCCAUGGUAGACUCACAGCUGCCUGUGGUGAAUUUUGGCUCCUUGCCGCCAGCACCACCACCUGCCCCACCCCCCCUUUCUCUGUUACCUGUGGGCCCUGCACUGCAGCCCCCCAGCCUGGCUGUGCGGCCCCCUCCUGCUCCUGCUACUCGGGUGCUGCCUUCACCUGCCAGGCCCUUCCCCCCAAACUUGGGGCGAGCUGAGCUACACCCAGUGGAACUAAAGCCGUUCCAGGAUUAUCGAAAGCUGAACAGCAAUCUCGGGGGACCUGGGUCAUCACGUACACCCCCAGCUGGAAGGUCCUUCUCUGGUCUCAGUUCCCGUCUCAAGGCCCCACCUUCCACUUACAGCGGAGUAUUCCGCACCCAGCGCAUUGACCUCUACCAGCAGGCAUCCCCACCAGAUGCUCUGAGAUGGAUGCCGAAGCCUUGGGAGAGGACAGGGCCACCUUCCCGAGAAGGGCCUUCCCGUAGGGCAGAGGAGCCUGGGUCCAGAGCUGACAAGGAACCUGGAUUGCCCCCACCCCGCUGAGGGAGGUCCCCAUCCCCCCUACCCCCGGGGCUUGUAUAUAGAUUAUAAAUAUAUAAGGGGGAAAGGGGUGGGUGGGGAGGGGUUGUGGGGCUAGAGCCUCACUUUCCCUCCUCCCCCUUCCCCUGAUCCCCUGUCCCUGGGGCCGUUUGUUAAAAAAGAAUAAUAAAAGGAUUU